AUGUUUAGGAAGGGUAUGAACAUGAAAAACUUUGGUUUAUGUGUUGCAAUGGUGCUGCUUCAAUCGUCAUAUGGUGCAUCAGUUAUCCUUGUUAAAGUUGCCUUUGAGAGGGGCCUCAAUCAAUUUGUUUUUGUGGCCUACCGGCAUAUAAUUGCCAUGUUUGUAUUAGGCCCCUUUGCUUAUGUACGCGAAAGGGAACAGCGCCCUUCACUGUCAUAUUCACUGUUUGCAAAAAUAUUUUUGCUCUCAUCAGUACGGACUACCAUAUACUUCAGUGUCUUCUAUUUCGGUUUGACAUAUACUUCACCAACCGUAACUUCUGCCUUGAGCAAUGUUAUCCCUAGUUUGACAUUUCUCAUGGCAGUUCUUCUCAGGAUGGAAAAGGUAAACAUUAGAAGCGCUAGUGGUCAAGCAAAAGUACUGGGAACAAUAAUCUCCAUUGGUGGGUCCUGUUUUACCUUCUGGAAAGGAGGGUGUCAGUUGAAAGACUUUGUGGACGGGCCUCUGAUAAACAUCCAUAGCACCAAGGGUUCUGUAGGAGAGUUCAGGCACGGAAAAGAAAACUGGCUCAAAGGUUCUUGUCUUAUUCUGAUUAGCACCAUUGCAUGGAGUGGAUGGCUGAUUCUCCAGGUGAUUAGAUAGAUACGUGGCUUCUAAUAUUACGAUUCAAUACGACAUAACAUAAACUUCUAAAUGGUUUUUUCCUUUUUGGUACAGUUCAUUUCGUUACAGGGAACAGUAACCAAACUGGUACUUGCU